UGUGACGUCACGGUCAUCAUCAUCCGUCGUCUGCGCUGCCAAGCGCUGUUUCAGUUUGGCAAGGUUAGGAGAAAGUAAAUACAUUAGCUUCGAAAUGUCCGUGACGGUGCUUAGUCAAAUGUUGAGGCAGGCUGGGCGCUUUAACAAAUCCUUACCAUCUUUGGCUCAAUUGCGUUUUUAUGGAACUGAGGAUAACCGCAUUACCAAGAUGGUGCAAAACAACAAAGUAGUUGUGUUCAUGAAGGGUGUACCGGCUGAGCCUCGAUGUGGUUUUAGUAAUGCCGUCGUUCAGAUCAUGAGGAUGCAUGGCGUUGAAUACGAUGCCCACGACGUCCUCUCCGAUGAGCAACUGCGCCAAGGAAUUAAAGACUUUUCAAAUUGGCCUACUAUUCCACAAGUUUUUAUUAAUGGAGAAUUCGUGGGUGGUUGUGACAUUUUGCUACAAAUGCACCAGAGUGGAGACCUCAUAGAAGAGUUAAAAAAAGCUGGCAUUACUUCGGCCUUGUUAGACUCAGCCCAGCAAAAGGAUGAUGCUGGAAAGUCAGAUUCAAAAUAAACACUGUUAGUUCUUAGUUCUAUAAAAACCUAAUUAAUAUGUACUUGUACUCACUGUCACUAUGUUGUUUCACUAUUUCGGGUGAUGAUUUUUUUUAAGUUGCUCAGACUCCAUCAACUUACAUUCUGAAGCAGAAGUUUGUCAAGCUUGUAAUAAAUUCCAGCAACUACCAUCUAAAGACUGUUAAAAUUCACCACUGUAUGUUGUAUGUAAAACACUGGAUAAUUACAAGAUACGCUUAAUCACUUUA